AUGAUGGGGUCACUUAAGAUUAUUUCUCUCAUUUUUGCUCUCCACCUGCUGCAAGGGAGUAGAACUUCCAUGAUUGAACUGAAAAACAAUGGCUACGAAGGAAUUGUCAUUGCCAUUAAUCCCCAGGUACCCGAAGACGCGAAAAUAAUCCAACAAAUACAGGACAUGGUGACUGAAGCAUCUACCUACCUCUUCAAAGCCACCAAAAAGAUGGUUUACUUCAAAAACGUGGCCAUUUUAAUUCCCGAGACCUGGCAGGAUAAGCCUGGGUAUUUAAUCUCAAAACGCGAAUCCUACAAAACGGCAGAUGUCAUAGUUGCAGAGCCCUCCCCGGUCCACAGUGACACUCCAUACACCCAGCAGACAGCACAGUGUGGAGAACCAGGAAAAUAUAUUCACUUCACCCCGAAGUUCCUGGCGGGAGACCUGCUGAGAGAGCAUGGACCACUAGGUCGUGUGUUUGCUCACGAAUGGGCCCAUCUGCGGUGGGGAGUGUAUGACGAAUACGAUGAUAAACAGCCUUUCUACAUCUCCAGCGACGGAUUUCCAGAAGCAACAAGGUGUUCAUCAGAAAUUGAAGGGAAGUACAUCAUAAAAAACUGCCAAGGAGGCAGCUGUGCAAUAAAACCAUGCAAAAUAGAUCGUCAGACUGGAUUGUUUGAAGAAGGUUGCAUGUUCAUACCAGAAGAAGUUCAAAUCGUUACAACAUCCCUAAUGUACAUGCAGAGUUUUGAAUCUGUGGUGGAGUUCUGUACAGCGCGAAACCAUAACGCGGAAGCUCCAAACCUACAAAACCGAAUGUGCAACCACCGAAGCACUUGGGAGGUCAUCCAGGACUCAGCUGACUUCAACAACAGCAAACCCAUGACUGACCAGCCACCAAAACCUGUCAUUUCCUUGCUGAAGUCUAUCCUCAGAAGAGUCUGCUUGGUGCUUGAUAAAUCCGGAAGCAUGUCGAACGAUGAUCGUCUGAAUCGAAUGAAUCAGGCAGCCAAGCUGUUCCUACUGCAGACUAUUGAAGAAGGUUCCUGGGCUGGGAUGGUCACAUUUGACAGUAGCGCCAAGCUCCAACACCAGCUUAUACAAAUCGUCAAUGAGACUGAACGGAAACAACUCAUCACAACAUUACCUGCAGCAGCUGGAGGAGGAACCUCAAUCUGCAGUGGAAUCAGAGCUGCAUUUCAGGAAUUUAAAAACAAAUUCCAGACAACCGAUGGCUCUGAAAUCGUGCUGCUGACGGAUGGGGAAGACUCAUCUGUAAGUUCCUGUUUUGAGGAGGUGAAACAGAGUGGAGCCACCAUUCAUGCCAUUGCUCUGGGACCUUCUGCUGCCAUGGAACUAAGACAGCUGGCAGAGAUGACAGGAGGUGUCUACAGCACUCCUUCAGAUGCAGCCCAGAACAAUGGCCUGAUUGAUGCUUUCAGUGGACUUUCAUCAAGAAGUGGAAAUUUCUCUCAACAGUCUAUCCAGCUUGAAAGCAGAGGUUUAAAGCUGAACACAAAUGGGUGGAUGAAUGGCACGGUGAUUGUGGAUACCUCAGUGGGUAAAGAUACCUUCUUCCUGGUCACAUGGUCAGCUAAAGUCCCUGACAUCUCUCUCUGGGACCCCAAAGGACGUCAUCACAAUUUUUCAAUCGAUGAAAAGUCCAGGAUGGCUCAUCUCCAAGUACCAGGCACAGCUGAGGUGGGAAGCUGGACUUACAGUAUUGAAUCAUCUGCACAAAUCCUAACCAUGACCGUGACCUCCCGCUCAUCGGAUCCUACGGUGCCCCCACUGACGGUGACUCCUCACAUGAAUAAAGACACAAACGCCUUCCCCAGUCCUUUGGUGGUUUAUGCUGAAGUUAGCCAAGGAUUUUUGCCUGUUCUCGGAGCCAAAGUGAUUGCUACUAUUGAACACCAGAGUGGAAAAAUAGUUACUUUGGAACUUCUUGAUAAUGGGGCAGGAGCUGAUGUGACAGCCAAUGACGGUGUCUAUUCAAGAUAUUUUACAUCUUAUGAGAACAAUGGCAGAUACAGCUUAAAAGUACAGGCUGUCGGGGGGAAGAACAGACUGAAUUCAAGUCCUCAACAGAGCCGUGCUAUGUAUGUUCCAGGUUAUAUCGUAAAUGGUGAAGUAAAAAUGAACCCACCAAAACCUGAAAUCAAUCCUGAAGAUAUUCAGUCAAAAGUGGAGAAUUUCAGCAGAACAGCCUUGGGAAGUUCAUUUGAGAUCACAAGCGUUCCCUCUGGUGUAAUACCAGAUAUGUUCGCACCGAGUAAAAUUACCGACCUGGUGGCAAACAUUGAAGAAGAUGAAAUCCAUCUGACUUGGACAGCUCCAGGGGAUGACUAUGACAUAGGACAGGCUACAGGAUACAUCAUAAAAAUGAGUGACAAUGUCCUCGAGCUAAGGGACAGAUUUGAUGAUGCCUUGCAAGUGAACACUUCCACUCUGAAACCUAAGGAGGCCCACUCCCGGGAGACCUUCGCGUUCAGACCAGAAAAUGUCACCAUAGCAAAUGGAACCAGCAUCUUCAUUGCAGUCCAGGCCUUUGAUAAAGCCAAUCAGACAUCGGAGAUAUCCAAUAUCGCGCAAGCAGCUUUGUUCAUCCCCCCACCCGAUCCCCACCCUGCUGACACGGGAAAGAAAUCCCUUAGCAUUUCAACAAUCGUUCUGGCAGUGACUGGCUCCGUGGUGUUGGUUGCUAUUGUUGUGAGCAGCACAGUUUGUGUUUUGAAAAGCAAAAACAAUAGAAGUGACAGACCUCAGACUACAUUUUAA